AUGGCAAGCAAGCCAGGAUUACAAAAUGAUGCAAAGAGCCUCUCCUCCAGACCCCAAAAGCGCGCUACCCGAGUUAAUGAGCGCAACCCAUCAGCGGAACCUCCCACAUCUAUGGCAACUGAUUUGCUUAAAGCCUUGAAUAAACCUGUCGAAGGGGCUAAGAGGAAGAGUCGAGGGAAGCUACAAGCUCAGCACAAGGUUCACAUCAAGAAAGCGGAAGAGGACCUCAAUGGCUUGAUUAGCCAAAAUAAGCUAACUUGCUCGGAGGUUAGGAAAGCCCAAUUAGACAGGCUUUCCGACCUUGUGGAACAGAAGGCAGAACUUGAAGCCAAAAUUAUCAGUCAACUGCAAUCCUUAAAUUACCUCUAUAAAGCUGCAACCAGGUGA